AUUCUCGUUUUGUCCUUUGUUUCUUAUUUCCACGGCGUUCGGUCAGGAACGACACAACUCUUAUAAAAAAACUUAAAUUAGUUAAUUAACAAAUUAGCAUUGAAUAAAAUGUGGGAAAAGUUUGGAAUUUAAUUGACACAAAACAUGCAGCUGCUAUUGUGCAAUAGCUGAAGAGCAACUAUUUGGAGCUAAGAAAUUCUGCAAAAGAGAAGAAGGAUUGAAGUGACUGAAGUUACCAAAAAAUCGCACACAAAAUAAGAAGCAACAAAAACAACAGCAAACAACAUCAUCGUAGACUGAUUCUUGUUUUCAUUUGUCUCACAGAAUUACAACAACAGCAACAACAACAACGUAAUAACAACACAAGACAAGGUGUGACUCCAAUUGAAAUCUUAAUUGGAAUCUCUUUUCUGUUGCAACUGGAUUGGAUUUUCCAAAAUUUCCAAGAAAGUGUGCCGGUUGAACGAAGACGACAACGAACAACGCUUUGCCAUAUUUAGUGUGGGUGUUGUGACUAAUACACGUUACAACUUGCUGCCUGCCUAAGUGGAGUCGAAAAAGCACACAAAAAGCAAGCAGUGUUCGUUGCAACAUCACUCACAAUGGAAAUGAAAGAAGUUUUGGGCAGGGAAGGUCGAGAGGCAAAAAAUCUGGUAGCCUAUCAAAUAUGCGAUGAAAGGCCAUUGAAUUUAUCAUCAUCAAGCUAUGACAAAUCCAUGCCACAUCGUAAACCGCCCAAAUCACCAAAUGCAUUGCUGUCAUUCCCACUGCAGACACCGAAAAAAUCACAUUCCCCCACAAGACAUGCACAAAAACAAUCGACGGGUCCACGGGUGCGCAGUGCAUCCACUGGGAGAGACAAAAAAUCAGAACUGCAAGCACGUUACUGGGCCCUACUGUUCGGCAAUUUGCAACGAGCGGUCAAUGAAAUUUAUCAGACCGUUGAAUGUUAUGAAAAUAUUUCAUCAUGUCAAGAGGCCAUAUUAGUGUUGGAGAACUAUGUGCGUGAUUUCAAAGCUUUGGGAGAAUGGUUUAAGGUAUCGUGGGACUAUGAAUCAAGACCCGUACAACAGAGACCCAAUUCGCUGGCUUGGGAAAUACGAAAAAGUAAUCCGGCGCCACGGGUAAGAGCCAAAAGUCUUUCGAGUCCCACGGUCUCAGGUAAAUCCAGUCCAUGUCCACAUGCAUACUCUGGCAAAAGUUCUCCCUGCUUGGAAGGACUUUCGCCACGCAAGGGUGUGCGUGUGAAUGUAAGGGAACUCUUUGCCUCCUCUAAGCGACUCAUCAAUGAAAUACAAAAGGAUGCAGAGGACGGCCACACUCCAUCUCCUGCACCAGCUGCCAUCGUAGAUGUUGUGCAGGAGGAAACAGCUCCCAUGAUAUUGGAAAAUCGAAGUCAUCAGUAUGCUCAAACAGAUCUGGAAGAUGAUCACCUGACAUUGGCUGGCAUAAGGGAGAAAAUGCAAAGGGAGCAAGAAGAAAGAGAGGCAGAGGAGGAAAGAAAAAGGCAGCUAGAACUCGAAAUGCAAAAACAACAAGAAGAGCAACAAGAAAUGCAACAGAAAGUGGAAGAAGCCACUCCCAAGGAGGAGCCCAUACUACCCCCAGAAAUAAAAAAGGAACUAACAGCUGUGGAAAUGACCACUCAAAAGUUGGAUAGCAUGGAAAGUGAAUUUUUAGCUAUAAACACUAAAAAAGAUCCAACACCUCCGGAAACAGUCCUAAAAAAGGUAUCAGAAGUGGGUGAAGAAAAACUUCCCAAGCCGGGUGAUUUAUCGAAGAAGCCACAAACAGUGCCGAACACAGGCACUACAACGGCCCAAAAUAGCCCAAUGAAGUAUUCAAGCGUUUUGAAUAGGCCAGCAGCGCCAACCUCAACUGCAUCUUCCCAAAGCAGUAGCCAAGCAACAGCGAAACCAAUAGCAAACACCAAGGCAUCAACUCUUAGAGUGGCAAAUGUUAAUAAAUCAGUCAAAGGUCCUGUGCCUCCGGCAUCCACGAAACGUUCCACUGCCUCUUCGCUGGCAUCCAAUAAGCCUUCAAUAGCGGCAACUGCAAGAACAUCUGCCAGAAAUAAUAAUAGGUCUGCAUUGCCACCACGUGCUGUAAACAAUAACAAAUUGGAAGCCUAUGGGCCGCCCUCGAAUGUGGCCAGCAGAUUGUCGGCCAGAUCGAGGACAAUGAUUGAAAUGAACAACAACAACAAAGGUGCAAAUGGAGGUCAUCAGAAGCAAUCCACCAAUAUGCUCAAAAGAAAUAUCUCCAAUCUAAACAAAUCAUCGGCAUUUGGUUCCAAUAAAUCGUCCAAAGAUGAUAUCGGCAGCUCAACCUCAACUUUAAAGGCAAGUAACGAGAAAAUAUCAUCGAUGGGUCGCAACGCCAUGCAACCAGUUGCAGUGGAUGAACGGAGAUCUGAACCCAAACAACUGCCAAGUAAUAAUGACAGUAACAACAACAAUAGCAAUGAUGGUUGGCUGACGGUCAAAAAUCGACGUCGCUCCAGCAUGCAUUGGUCAUCGCGUUUCAAUCAGCCCACUGGCUAUGCCAGUCUGCCCACGUUGGCAUUGCUGGAUGAAAAACAGAGUGACGAUGAAGUUGAUACGGUUCCAUCGGCAAAGCCAAAACCCGAACCUACAAAACCUGUUGUAAACGGCAACGGUAAACAUGCAAAGCCCUCCAAAACCAGCAAAUUGGCAGAACGCCAAAAGGCUCAGUCAACAACACAUUCCGUGCGGCCAGAAAUUCGAAAUGCCAAAGCCAAAGUGAAUUCAUUACCUGCCAAUCAAAAAAAGAGUGCUACAAAUAAUGCGAACUCCUCGGUACCGCAUAAAAACAACAACAGUAACCAACUGCCCAUUGCUUCAUCGGCAAGGAGCGCCAAUGGGGUCAAUAUACCAACCCGACAGACCAUUAUCAAAAGGCAAAAAUCCGAUUUGACUGGUCUCAAAAUGACCUCUCUCCACAAAGAGUAUAUGCGCAGUGAGAAGCUAGCUUUAAGAAAACAAAACAACGUUCUGAAUGGCACAACAAAAUCUUCAGAGAUUCUCAAUCAUCGUCCACUGGGAUCGGGUGACUACUCGGAUAUCAACUCGUCGGCUGAAACAAUUGUUGAAGCCCCGCACUCAUCGUCUCCUUCUGAGAUGCUCGGUGUCGACUUGAACUCCUCCUCUUCGGCCGAACACAACAAAAUCGACAUCAAAAUCCAAACAAAUCGCGAUUUUUCAAAAACAAUUGGUGAUCUAUACAAGAGCAUAUCGAACCGUGUCGAUUUGUCGACUUCGCAAAUAAGCAAUGGCCCCGGAGCUUUGUCUAGCUGUGAUGAGAACGAUGAGUGUGAUGAACAUCAACGUGCACUGGUGGAGGAGCAAGAAUCACUCGAGAGACAAAUACGAGAGUUGGAAAGCACGGAAAUUGAUGUGGACACCGAAACUGAUGAGACGGACUGCGAAGUUGGGAUACUGGGCACUGAUCGUGAUGACGAGGAAGAUCGUGACGAUUUCAAUUUUGACACUUCCUCUGUAGUGUUUGUGCCCAUAAACGAGGUUGAUGAUGAUCCCAAUCUAAGUUUGGAGACCCGUUAUCAAGCAUUGCUAUCCGAAAUGUCCUGGGGAGAGCGGGAAGAGGCUCUGGCAACACUGCAGGCUUAUGUUUCCAGACAUCCAGGCCGUGCUCAAGAACUACAUCAAAAACUGUCGUCACCCUCUCGGCGACGCUCUCUACAGGAGACUCUCAAGAAGUAUCAAGCCAAACAGGCUCGUGCUCAACAGAAACGUGAGCUCCUCAACAAGGAGAAGGCCAUAAAAAUCCAACAACUGUUGGCGCGAGUGGAAGACGUCAAGGCAGCCAAAAGACAACUAAUCGAAGAUAAGCGCUUAAAAAUGGAGGGACGCCUCCAGAGAGCAGCUGAGAAUCGUGAGCAAUACCUAAAGCAUAUCAAAGAAAAGGCCCACGAUGAAGAAAAGAAACUGAAGGAGAUUAAUUUCAUUAAAAACAUUGAAGCGCAAAAUAAGCGAUUAGAUCUCAUUGAAUCGUCCAAGGAGACGGAAGGACGUUUGCAAGACCUCGAACAGGAGCGACAAAAACGACUCGAAGAGAAGGCAGCAAAAGAAGCCGCUGUCGAGAGGCGGCGUCUAGAAUUGGAACAGGCUCGUCAGCGCAAGUUGGAGAAAAUGAAUGAAUCGCGAUUGGAACGAGAACAAAGAAUCGGAAAAAUGCAGGAACAAAAAGAGAAACAACGUCAGGCAUUGGCACGUGAAAAGGCCAGAGAUCGUGAAGAACGUUUGUUGGCCCUACAAGUACAUCAUCAACAAACCACCGAAGAACUGCAAAGGAAAAUACUUCAAAAACAAAAGGAAUCGGCUCGUCGGCAUGAGGAAAAUAUUGAACAUAUACGCCAGCGGGCUUUGGAACUGACCAUACCUUCGAGAAAUGUUGAAGAAAAUGGUUUGCCCCGGUCAGAUGUCGAUGAGAAGAUCGAGGAUGGUGAUCUUUCGUCAACCGUCUCCGAUGUUGGUAGUCGAGAACACAGCCGCGGCUAUAAGAAAAAGAUGAAGAAACUAAAACACAGAAUGGCACAGGCGGCUGAAGAAUAUCUAAAAGAACUGCAACCUGUACCACUUCAUAUGAAGCGCGAAUCACAGGUUCCCAAAUAUCUGAAUUUAGUCAACAAAGGUGGUGGUUCUCAAGGAUUAGAACGUGCCCUUGGCCAUUUGUUGCGUAUAAUGGCCAAAGCCCAAGUAUUUGAUUUCCAAUGUUUCUUACUUAUGGACGGUUUGGGAACCAUAAUCAGUGCUGUGAUUACUCCGGGCAUGCAGGAUGAAUCGGAUGUUUCUAAAAAGGCUGUCGUACUUGCUGUCCAAUUGUAUCGGAAUGCUUGUACAUUGUGUCCUCAAAUUGCAAGACAUGCGCUAUUGGGCAAUUCUGUUGUUGGAUUAUUCGAUGCACUAUUCCAAAGUUUGCAGCUUCCCGAAGAGAAAUCACCACAACAUCCUGUCGAGUUGUCCACCGAGUUAAUGCUGGCAUGCACGGUGGCUCUGUCGCCAUCCUAUACCAAGAAGCACACCCACCCCAAUGUUUUGGAGCGACUACCGGAUUUGAUAAGUUACGCUGUAAUAACUGGCCUUAUUGAAAUUUUAUCUCGACGAUGCAUGAAAAUACGCGAGAGUAUCGAGAAUCAUCAAAGCGUCGUAUUAUCCCUGCUAGCCACUCUGGGCUUUAUAACCCGUUUCAUUGAUGUUUGUCCACCAGGACCUACGGAUCCGACACGUUUCCUGAGUGCGGCAAAGUCAACAGAACUCUUUGGUUCCAUAGCCAUGCUGUAUGCCACUGUGGUGCCCAUAGGUGAAUGCAUUCCACCGAGAACGAUUUCGUUAGCGGCAGCAACAUUUAAUUUACUCGUAUCCAUGGCUGUGUUGGAUUUAGCAACGUUCCAGGAGGUGAUGUCCAGUGAAGCGAUAUCUUUGAAGUUCCUCGAUGUGGUGACGAUUUUACUCAAAUAUUGUGGCAACAAAUGCACGGCAGCUAAAAAUAGUGAAACUCAGGCAGUUAUAAUUGAUUUGAUUGCGACGAUUGGCUUUUUCUGUGCCAACAAUAAACAGAAUCAGGAUCUUUUAACCUCUGAACAGUGUUCCAUUAUCAUUAAGAAUUUAACCAAACUACCUGAACAUUUGAAUGUGGUGGUGUAUCCAUGUCUCGUAACUAUAACGUUCCAAAAUCAGGAAGCCCGUAAUGUGAUAUCACGUGAUUUUAAUCUAGAUUUCCUGGAUGAAUACAGUAAAUCGGAAAAAGCUAAAAAGAAUCAUUUGGUAGCUCUGCUCAAAGAUAAGACGUAAUUAAAUUGAUAUCGUCGUGCCCGUUUGUUUUAAUUCUCCUUUACUGGUUGUCUUCUAAGUCAGUCAGUCUGUCAAUCAGCUCAACAUCAACUCACCAUGGUGCUGUUGUAUGGUUCAUGGUUUUCCCGCUAAAUACGACAACAUGACUGCCAAUUCGUACAAUGAACGCUGAUAAUAGACAAGGAAGACGAUGAUGUUGCACAUUAAUCGAUUUUAAUUAUCUCUGACACCCUUUGAUGAUCUAUGUCUAUGACAAAACAAAAACAAAGCUAUUUUUUAAACAUAUUAUCAAUAUUAAACUUAUGUACUUGUAAAUGAAUAUUAGAUAUAUAUACUUAUUAUUACACAACAUUUACCCCCAUUUGAGACAUACAUUGCAAUUUUUUAAAGAAUUCUCUUAACACACAAACAAACAUACUUAUGUAUUAUUAGAAUAUCCAUCAUAGCAUACAACCUAAUAUUUACUAAUAUUCUUAUUUUUAUAUUGAAAUUAAUAUAGAUUUAGUCUUUAACAAGGAACCAGUGAAAUAUCGUUGCUACCUUUAAGCUAUUUUUUCAAUAUUUUUUUUUCAAAUACAUGCGAUGUGAUAAAGAAAAAAUCAUGAAUUUUAACAAUUUUCACCUAGUGGCAAAAUAUAUUUCUCGAAUAUUUCCUGUCUGGGAAUCGGAAAUCGCUCUUUGUCCUCUGUAACUCGUAAUAUAUUUAUAUAUUUAUUUUAUUUUCAAAAAAAAUGAAUUAAACUUUUAGCAAAUUCGGUGCCGUAUAACUUAAAAAUAUUAGAUAUUGUUAAUGGCAUAAAUAUUAAAAAAAAUAUUUUAUUAAACUUGAUUGUUUGCCACUGGUUACAAAUGUUUAAAAAUUUUGGUUCUAUCCUACUAAUCAUUGUUAUGCAAAAACAAUUAACCCUUGUGAAUUUAUAUUGAAAUUUCCGAUAUAAUGAUGAACUAUUACUUACCCAUGGACUUAUUGAAAACACUUUUAUGGCGCUUCAGUUUAGAGUAUUCAUUUUAACUUGCCUUCUGAAACUUUUCAUGGAAUAUGCAUCUGUAAUAUUUUAUUUAUUUUUUU